CGAGAACUCCACGCGUAAACUAAUAUGGCCGCUAUCAGGCAAUCAUAACAAUCUAACCGCUGACAAAUUUUACCCCCGUAAAUGAUGUUAACCUGUUGAACAUAAAACACUGAAAUAUUUUUAACAGUUUUUCUGACUUUUUCAAAAUGGGGCUUUGUAAAUGUCCUAAACGAAAAGUUACAAAUCUUUUCUGCUUUGAACAUCGGGUUAAUGUAUGUGAACACUGCCUUGUUGCCAACCACGCAAAGGUAAAAACUAGCGGUCAAUUCCUUCCAUGCUUAGAUGCUAAUACUAGUAAUUAGCUAUCAUAUAUUUAUUUUAUCAUCAUAUACAAUUAAUAAUGUUAUGGAAAAACCGAGAGCAUUGAAUGUGAAAUGCUUAUAUAAACAAUAAGCCUUCACCAGGAAAGAAAAAAUUUGCAAUUGCAUGAGUAUGUUGAAUGUUGAUAAUCUGAAUCAGUAAUUUUUUCAGAUUUUGACUAAUUCAUUUUUGAUAUAUGAUGUCCUGUAGAUGGUUCACUAAAGUCUUAAAGUUCAGAUUGUUUGAUAUAGUCACCACAAUUUGCCUGUAGGUUUGCUCAAAAUUCACUCAAAUCCAGUUCUAAGAAACAACCCAAGCCCAAAGACUUUUUACUUGUCACUAAGGCCAAGAAUGUUACAAUCAUUGCCCAAAUUUAAUUACUUUUCUAUUUUCUAAGUAACCAUCUUGCCAUUUAUGUUUCAGUGCAUUGUCAAAUCAUAUCUUCAGUGGUUACAAGACAGUGACUAUAGUCCAUUAUGUACACUCUGUAAUCACAACCUUUCAGAUGAAGAGUAUGGAGAAUGUGUCAGGCUGACAUGUUAUGGUGAGAAUCUCCUAUCUUUUGAAUAUUUAUUCUAGAGUCUAGAGUGAACCUUGAUUGAAAAAAAGUGUUUUUUAUGCUACAACCACACGAAGCAAUUUAUUAUUUUAUCGUAAAAGUUAACUUUUUAUUGAUAGGCCUGCUCAAGUUGUCAUUUUAAUUUGUCAUGCCAACAUAAAUUGAUUUUUUAAUGAAAUUUUAAACAGUUUUUUUAAUAAAAUGUAAAUUCCUCUAGAUAUGAAAAGUUGGCUUAAUAACUGAAUAUAAUAUGUUUUUUCAGCCUUUCGCUUUCAAUAACAAUUUUUCAGUUCAAUUAACAGGAAACUUUUUCUCUCUUCCCCCAACCCUCCUUUAAGAUGUUUUCCAUUGGGGCUGUUUAAAUCAGUUUGCACAACGGCUUCCAGCACAGACUGCCCCGGCAGGAUACACCUGCCCGACAUGUAGUGCUUGUAUAUUUCCUCAGUCCAAUUUGGUGUCUCCUGUGGCUGAUGCAGUUAGAAUAUUACUGCAGCAAGUCAACUGGGCCAGGGCAGGGUUGGGACUUCCUUUGGUAAGUUGGUUAGUUUAUUCUUUGCCAUUACAUGUUUUCAUUUUUUUUAAAUACAUCAUUAUCAACUAUAGUGCUACAAGGGCUCUGGCCUACUUCACCUCAUCACUCAUUCAAACGAUUUCAUGGCUUUUUGUCUCCAAGCAAAGAUCCCCAGCUGAUGUAAAUGAUAAAAUACAUCUGUUUGUUAAUUUUAUCAUGUUUUUUUUUUUUAAAUUGUCUCAAUACUAGUAUAUGAAAUCUGCUAUCGUUUAAGUUAUACACAGCAGACUUGUUUACUCUUACGAAUUUCGAGCAUUGUACAAUUUUGAGAUGUCUUUUACCUGGCAGCACUACUAUUUUUAAGAGACCAGGUUGAUUAUAUAUAAAUUCCGGUAGUUUUUUCUGAUAUAAAACAAAAAAUUAAUAAAAGUACUGCUCUCCAUUGUUAGUUUUAAUUUGCGUUAUACUUCCAGCAGUGUUUGGAGACCUUCUAUAAUUAUAUUGUUUGCUUUGAGAGGGGAAUUGAGUGGUGUUGAUUUAGGAGAUUUUGUGGUGGGUCUGAAUAUUUAAGUCUAUAAAAUUAACACAGCCACAUUUUCGUAAUUAUAGGGAUGAUGGUCACAUUGUUGCUUUGUGUUUUCAUAAUGAACUUGCUAGACACGGCUUCAGUAAUUUUUGUUUAGUCGCCCUAGUGACAAUGUUAGUCAAUCCCGGACAAUCCAUAUUGUAUUACACACUAAGGGGGAAAGAGGGUUGUCGAUUUUUUAAAUUUUAUGCACAUGUGCGUAUGGCAGAGGUGGGGGGGGGGGGGUCUCUGCAAAAAGUACAUAAGUUAUGCAAAAAUUUUAUAAUAUUCAGCCGGUAAUUCCCAAAAAUAAUAUGUUUUUUUUUUUAAUUUUAUAAAAAUUUGAUAAAACGGUGUUGCCCAAGUGAUUUAACUUAAUAAACAUUUGCUUUUUUAUCCCUGCCUCUUUCUCUCCCUCUGGGUUUUUUUCCUUCUUCAUUUUCUUAUUUCCGUUGUCGAUUUUUUAAAUUUUAUGCACAUGUGCGUAUGGCAGAGGUGGGGGGGGGGGGUCUCUGCAAAAAGUACAUAAGUUAUGCAAAAAUUUUAUAAUAUUCAGCCGGUAAUUCCCAAAAAUAAUAUGUUUAUUUUUUUAAUUCUAUAAAAAAUAUCAUGUGAUGUUUUGUAGGAAUUAUCUUCAUAAUGUUGCCAUGUAUUUUCUCAAAAGAACUCGCUAGAUGUACUCGGAUAAUACUCAGUAGUAGAGGUACAGUAAUUAGACUUUGACAUAUUUUAUAUGAUCUGAGGGGAGCUUUGAAAUCCAUUUUUAGAAUGCACAAAACAAUGGUAUGAUUUUUAAUACCCCUCUUCCUUUCAACUAUUUACAGCUUGUGGUAGUUAUCAGACUGUAAUAUGUUAACGGGAAGUAGGUAUAGACUAAUAGAUAUUGAUAAUUAUUUUUUAUAUCAGCUUUUCUUUAAAAAAAAAAUCUUAAUUGUUAGUUGUUUUUUUUAAUGAAGCCCUAUUUUGUUAAUUGAUUCUUAUUUUAAUAAAAAAAAAAAUUUAUACUGAUCUAACUUGAAACCACAUUAAAUGUCACUAGCAACUUUAUUUUUACCAGUGACCGACUGUGCUAAUGUGAUCUGCGCAUUCACCUAAAAAUUAAUUGAUAUCUGUAGCAGAUGCCGUCUGCAAAACAAAAUGGCUGCAGAUAGCCAUAUAAACGUCAGUCAUGUACAUUUAGAAGUUAACAUUUUUUUACGUCACCUUAACUCCAUCCCACUCGAUGCGAGUCGUUAUGUUAUUUAUACUGUGUUUUUAUUUAUUUAUUUACUAUAAAGAUAAUUUUUGUACAAUAUUGCGACGAUAUUCUACGAUUUUUAGGAAUUUGAGGGUAAACAGGUCUGACAUGGUGAUUUAAUGUUUGAGAGUCUGUUGGACAAUUUUUAAAAAUGUCCAUGCUAAUAAAAAUUUCUUCGUACCUUUUGAUUUAGUAUGGCAUAGCAGGUCUAAUCAAUAUUAAAACGCUAAUAGUUUAAUUAUUGAAGUGCUAUUUCCAUUUGUAAGAUAUUUUUUAAAAAGAAAAUAACAAACUCUUUCUUAUUUUUCGUAACAGAUUGAAGAAACCAAAGCACCACAUCCACCGCCCCAGCCGACAGAACCAACAACAAAGGCAACCAGCAACAAUGGAGUUGCCCCAGGUAGCUCAGCCUACAACCAACAAUGGGGCUAUGCGCAGGGGCUCGGGGCCUCGCCGGCUCCCGCCUCUAGCAGCAGCACUAUCAGUGCUGCAUCCAGGCCGAGUGCCCAGGUGGCACCUUACUCCACCUCUCCGACACCGGCCUCCCUUGGCCAGCACAGUGUGAUUAGUGUAGAUGAAGGAACGAGUUCCAGGGGACAGCAAGGCCUGUUUUCUAGUAGGUGCCUCUUAUAUCCAAGGGUAAUAAUGGAUACUGACCUACAGUAAAAAAAAAAAACGUUGUGAGCUUAACAGUGAAUUAAGCCAGGUUUCCUCUUCAAGUUUGGAGUGCUAACUGUAGCAAGCUUGAAAUUCACCAUGUAGAUUACGUUUUAAGAAAAUUGAUCACCCUAUAAUUCCAUUCUAUCAAUGUUUAUUGUUGUGAAGUUAGUUUAAAGGUGCAUAUGCAGAAAAACUCACUCUAAUGCAGUGAUCACAAAAGCAGUCUGGAUCAAUGUUAGGAAGGUUGCGCUAAGUUUUAUGGGGGCGGCGGUUGAAAAACAGAUAUGUGGAUAGUUGGAUAUUAGUUUAAUUGUAAAAAAUUAUCCAUUAACAGAUCCAAGGAAAUUGUUUGACACCACCAAAGAAGAUGAAGUUUUUGGUGGGAUCAAAAGAUCACAUGACCAUGAUGAAGACAAGUACAAAAGAAGACCAGCAUUACAGUGGCUGGCUCGGUGGUUUAAGUAAGUUUGUCUUAGAAAACUAAUAAAAUUGCAUUAAGAAAUAUUUUCAUGCUGCUUUCUUGUAUCCUAUUUAAAAACACCUUGUAUUUGAACUUUAAAUUUUAAUAUGUUCGUGUUCUCCGAUAUUUUAUCAUCCUUUUAAAUAAGUCUACGUGUCAGUUCAACUUUAAUUGUUCACUAGCUACUUUUGUAGCCGUGAUAUAUUUUUAUAUUUUGUGAUGUACGGAUGUUUUGCACCCAUGAAUUUACAUGAGCAUGCUAUUUGAGACCCUGUCCGCACGCCUGUUCAUACUUGGGGGGUGGAGGGAAUAGUUUUAAGUUUAUGUCUUCCCCAUAAAUAUCUGCCUUGGUGGGCUGAAAAUUUCAUUGAACAUGGCAGUUGGCCUUAGCUUUGGAGGGGGGGGGGGGGGCGGUGUGCAAACCUGGUCAUAUUUGAAAUAGGAUACGGUGGAAUUAAAAUGUUUACAUAAAUACUAAAUAGAAUAGUGGUGCAAGGUAUGCGGAAGCUUGAAAUAUAAAUACUAAAUAAAAUAGUGGGGCAAGGUAUGUGGAAGCUUGAAAUAUAAAUACUAAAUAGAAUAGUGGGGCAAGGUAUGUGGAAACUUGAAAUAUAAAUACUAAAUAGAAUAGUGGGCAAGGUAUGUGGAAGCUUGAAAUAUAAAUAUAUAAAUACUAAAUAGAAUAGUGGGGCAAGGUAUGUGGAAACUUUAAAUAUAAAUAUAUAAAUAGAAUAGUGGGGCAAGGUAUGUGAAAGCUUGAAAUAUAAAUACUAAAUAGAAUAGUGGUGCAAGGUAUGCGGAAGCUUGAAAUAUAAAUACUAAAUAAAAUAGUGGGGCAAGGUAUGUGGAAGCUUGAAAUAUAAAUACUAAAUAGAAUAGUGGUGCAAGGUAUGUGGAAGCUUGAAAUAUAAAUACUAAAUAAAAUAGUGGGGCAAGGUAUGUGGAAGCUUGAAAUAUAAAUACUAAAUAGAAUAGUGGGGCAAGGUAUGUGGAAACUUGAAAUAUAAAUACUAAAUAGAAUAGUGGGCAAGGUAUGUGGAAGCUUGAAAUAUAAAUAUAUAAAUACUAAAUAGAAUAGUGGGGCAAGGUAUGUGGAAACUUGAAAUAUAAAUAUAUAAAUAGAAUAGUGGGGCAAGGUAUGUGAAAGCUUGAAAUAUAAAUUCUAAAUACAGGACAACAAAAGUAGAACCUUUGGGCUCAGGCCCUCCCUUUAUAUCACUGCUGACAUUCUUUUUGACACUAUCAUUCAAAGCUCUGUGGACGGAAACAAGAGAAAAGACCCAAACGCCGUGAGGAAAAGAUUUGCCGUGAUUCUCCUGUUGGGCAUCAUUGGAUUCAUCACCAUUGUCAUCAUAUUCUCCAAGCUUGGACGCCAGGCCACAGAGGAUGACCCAUUCUUUGACCCGUUGGCCAACCCCAACAUCAAAGUAGAGGCGAAGGCUGCUGGGGCAUUACAAUAGCAUCUCAUCGCCAGCCUGCGGUCAAGUCCUCGUUUAAGAACAAUUUUUAGGGGGAACAAUUUUCAUCUUCGCUAAUCGGCAUUCGUAUAAAAAAAAAUUGUUUAUUGAAUGCUGUUUAGACAAUGUAAAUAAGAAUUGUUUUGUUGGGCUGUUGUUGUUUUUGUUGGAUUGUGCAAGUUGGUGGAAUCCAAUGACAAACAUUAGCAUUUUACUUGUUUCAGUUUUACUUUUUUUAAAAAUUUUCUCCAGAAAUAGAAAUGUCAUACUAAGAGAAAGCCAUCUUUUUUUUUAUUAGGCACAAUAUAUCAUUUUCUAGAACCUAACAAAAUAAAAGAAUAACUUAAUAUUUCAAAAGAUAACAAUAUUUAGCAUCCUUUAGUAACAAUAAUUUAGCAUGCUGAAAAAUAUAUGCAUAUAACAAUGGCAAUGGAAGGUACAAUUCUUUGUUAAAAAAUAUUUUUUUUUUUUUUAUGACAUGACAAGUUAUUUGUAAAUUAUUAAAUAUACUCUCAAAUGAAAAGCUGUUGCAACUUUAAGAUAUAGGUGUAAAGAAAUUAAAUUUAAGUCCAAAAGAGUGCAUUACGAACGUAGGAUGAAUUAUUUUUAAAGGAUUUUUAAUUUUCACUUUAGAAGAGAUAAUUUUUGUGUGUGUCUCAGAUACAGUUUAAAAAUGUUAAAAUGCAAAUGUUAACAGGUCAAAAGAUUAUGUCUGUGUUCUGAUGCUGUUGAUACAAUUAUAACCUGCAGAUUCUUUCUCAUCUAUUUAUUUAAUAUUUAACUAACACUUACUUUUUAUUUACCGACGCUGAAAUGAUUAAUGCUUAAAAAAAUGUUCAUCACUUUUUGAUGGUCAUCAUUUGUCCCUGUUUUUAUAAAAAUGGGCCGUAAGUCAACACCAUUUAACUGUAGAACCUUAAGCCAACAUAAUUUGAAUUAAGGACCUUUUUGAAACCGUAGAUUAGCUCUAUGUUUAAAACUGUGAAUUUUGUCAGUUUUAUUUUGUAAGACUUAUAUUCUCCAGAUUAAAUAUUUAUUAUGCUGGAGGAUGCUAUAACAAAAAUUUUCAGUAUCUGAUGAAAUUGAUAUGGUGUAAUAUAACAUUCAAUAUUUUUCAUCUCAAGGCUACCCUUAUGUAAGUAUCGGCUGUUCUUUUUGCAGUGUAAAAGCUCAGUCGAUCUCUGAUAACUUGACUUUACAAAGGAACAAGGGUAAUUUUUUUUUCUUCUUAAAAAAAAAGAUUUUAAAAAAUAAUGGCAUCUAUCGUAAAGCCAUGCUGAGGUAAAGAUAAAUUUUACUUUACAAUUAGUUGAAUUGCUUGUGUGAGAUCUAAAAAAUAAAGUGUUAAAAGAACGGAUGUUGUAAAUAUACAGUGUACGUGAAAAUUUUAUAUAUAUAUAUUUUUUUUUUAAAUCGGGGAAAACUUUAGGCAUGCAAUUUCACUUUUUCAGGUUCAGUAAUAAAAUGAAAAGGAGACGAAGAUGAUGUAUAAAUGUAAAUUCAAAUUCUUGCAUACAAUGUCCUCUUAUUUUCAUAAUCCUGAUGGAUGUUGGAUUAUUAAAGCAACUUUGGUGAUGAUUUGGGAACUGCUUUUGUUAAUUUAAACAACACCGGCUGUUCAGUCAAUAUUAAAUGUAACAUAUACAACUAAAAUAAACUUUGUGAAACAUUAUUAUGAAUAGUUAACAUAUAACUUAAACGUUAAUUAUUUUAAAAAAAUCAUUGAUGCACUUUAUUAGUUUACUUAAAAGUGACAGACUGACUUUUGAAUCAUUGUCUGUUAGUGAUAAUAUGAUUCCGUGUUGGAUAACCCAUACUACCCUCACAUAGAGAAUUGUUUCCCAUUAAUAGUAGGUAAUUUCCCUUGGACCAUAAUCAAUUAUAAUUUUUUUGUUUCUUUUAAAAAGAAAAGUUCUCCCUUUCAACCACUUGACACAACACAAAUAGCGCCUCAUCAGCAAAUCCUAUUUGUUAAAGGUAGCCCUUUUAGGUGUUAGAAAUAUUUAUUGAGAACUAGUAGGGUCAUGGUCACACAGCCGAUGCUCCCAAAACUGUCAUGAAAUUCUGUUACAUUUUAAUAACAUCAUGCAAGUUAUACAUAAUGUUACCAAUGCCUAUUAAACAC